AUGCGCCUGCGCCGCCUGGGCAUGGCCCGGGCGCCCUUCCUAUUGCUUGUUUGGCAAAGGUAUGGAUUGCUACGAGUACUAGGAAAGGCAGUUUGGUGCGCCGAUGACCAGGCCAGAAGAGCCGCUACGACAGGCGCCUACGUCGUUAAUGAGAUGAAUGUGAAAUAUAUCUUGCUUCAUAUCUUGUUGUGUUGUAUUCUUUGCAUGCUUGGGUGCCUCACUACCACGGUCUCCCGAAAAAAGUCUGGACCGCAAUUUAUUCCCCACCACCACAAAAAAAAGAGCCCAUCCGGAAAACUUCGGCACUCCGGCAAAGCAAAAAGCGUUAUUGUGGCUAUAAGUGUGGAGUGCGGCGCGGGCAUAUUGUUUGGCUUUGGUGCUGGUACAAUUGUAGUGGGAAAGGUAGAGUUUGGGUGGGGGGAAAUUUUUGCGGUCCAGACUUUUUUCCGGGCACCGUGGCGGCUUAGUAUGGGCUAG